CCGGAUCGAGCUUUAUUGGGUAGCUAAAUGGGCCUGCAGUUAUCUUGUUACUCUCAUGUGGGCUUUGUUGAUUGAUUGGUUUUUAGUUUUCCUCUAAGAACCAUGAAAUCGUGUAUACAAGAAGCUUUAAAUGGGAACCCAGGUUCGAUAAGCUUAAAGCUACAUGAUUCAUGCACUAUAACUACUAGUAAGAUUCUGACCCAGCCCAUCACAACAUGUCCGCAAGACCCAUCAGCUACCCACCACCUGGUUCUCGUCUGUUGUACAGAACUUGCUAUUUUAAUUGAGAAAUGAUUACUACACCUUAUAAAGUUACAUAUUUCAU